UGGAGCGCGGGAGUGAAGCUGAAGAGACGCCAUCUUUGUUAUGAACCAGCAGCAUGGCGGAGCCGACGGUACGGAUGUCAGGGAUUGUUUUGGCUUCCCUGAUGUUCCAGCAUGUUAACAGUGAUUCAGACGUGGAAGGUCUGAUUCUUGGAGAGAGCCGGUUUGAGGAGCAGAUCACCAUCAGCGACUCUCAGGCCGAUCACAUCCACAUCGAGGAAACAUACAACGUCCAGAAGCACAUCGCCUGCCACAGACCAAACCGCUUCUACAACAGUGUUGGAGAGGUGGACAUGGACGCUGUAAAGAAAACCCUGGCAGAUAAUCAGCAGGAGAGCGUGAUCGGGUGGUACCGACAGCGCAGGAACACGGACCAACAGAUGACGUUCAGAGAGAGGAUCAUCCACGAGAAGCUGAAGGCGGCCCUGGCCAACCCUCACAUGAUCUUUGUGCUGCUGACGCCGAGCAAGUUGGCGCCUGCAGGGUCCACGUACAGGACGGAGUACGCUGCCUUCAUCUCACGCAGCAGACGGUUCCUAAACGUUCCCGUUCUGGUCAAUAACCUCGGUUUACUGGAGCAGCUGGCGUACUGGAAGGUUUCUGCUCCGUGUUCUGCAGCCGGUUACAGUCUGACCAUGAAGAAACACGGGUCCAAGUUUUUCUCCUCAGACGGGCUGCUGAGAGACGUCAGCGAGGUCAACAACAUGAACGCGUCUCUGCAGGAGGAGCUGCAGAAAGCAUGCAGCGAGGUGGAGGAGAGCGAGCGUCUGGUGGAAACUCUGCAGGCUGAAGUUUCAGCUCUGAGGAGAAAACUGAAGGAGAGGAAGCAGAGCGCAGCCAAGAAAGAACCCGUGGAGGAUCCAGCAGAGCAGAAGAACUUCCUCCUGCACAAGGCGCUCCGAGCUCUUUUCUCCUGCUCGCCUCUGUUUCACUCUCAGACUCUAACCUUGGACGGGUUUCCUGUCCCGGAAGUUUGCUGCAGUCCUGAGCAUGAAGAACACAGCAGCUCAACAACAAACAGCCAGGAAGGUUUUUCUGUAGCGCUGAAUCCCUGCAGGAAAACAGCGAAGAGGCUGAAGGAAAUGCUGCCGGGGAGGGAGAGGAAGCGCAGGAAGAGCAAGUCCUGAUCGAGAGCACUUUCUCUCCACAUGACGGACGUAAAAACAGGUUUUAUCUUCAUUUAUCUGCCGCACGAGGAAGCCUGGACAAGAGAUCCACCAAGUUUAAUAAAAAGGAUCUCAAAAUAACACAGUAGAAGCUCCAGGUUAGAAAUGAUGAAUAUUUUAAGACACAAAGUCUUUAUUUCAGUAGAAUUUUACAAUAAAAAUCUUAACAUGACCCUUUUUUGGUGGAUAAACACAGAAAACAGCUCCAUCUGGUUAGAAAUCUCCUCUUCUUGGCGUCAGCAGUUUAAACGUUAGUAUGGGGAUCUUCUGUUAUUUGAUAUUUUUGUAAAUGGUUGAACUGAAUAAAAAUGUUCUUUUUGUAAUAAA